CGACAAUCGACGCGGGAGCAUACCUAAACCAAACAUCCCCCCCCCCCACUGCUCUCUAAUCAAUCAGUUAUUCUUGAUCAGCACCAUGGCAUCGCCCCCGGCUGCAGCGCCUUCUUUCCAGGUGACGGUGCACCCGUUCUCCUCGCCGACACCAGGCGCCUGCGCAUACGAGCAAGGACGGUCUUCGGCCCGGAACGCUCUCGUCUUCCUCCCGGGCCUCACCAGCGGGCCGCAUGCGACGGACCUGUCCGCGCUGUCUGCCAUGCUGGAGCAGUCUCCGGACCUGAGCUUCUCGCUCUGGGAGUUCCGCAUGCGCAGCUCGUACUCGGGCUUCGGCUGCUCGAGCCUGGCCAACGACGUCGAGGACACGGCGGCCUUGGUGCGCUAUUUGCGCGCCCUCGGCAAGGAGAAGAUCGUCCUGAUGGGCGCUUCCACAGGCUGCCAGGACUGUCUCGAGUACACCGACCGCGCGAAACACAACACUCCGCCAGUGGACGGCUACAUCCUCACGAGCCCCGUCUCGGACCGGGAAUCGGCCUUCCUGUUCAUGUCUGACAAUGACCUUGCCAGAAGCGUGCAGGUUGCGAAGGAUAUGAUCGAAGAGGGGCGGAAAGAUGAUCCUGUGCCGAGGCAGGCCCUUCCGCCUAUUUUUGAGGCACCUGUCACGGCGUACCGGUGGCAUUCCCUCGCUGCCAAGGGUGGAGACGACGAUUACUUCUCUUCUGACCUGCCCGACUCCACGCUUGCUGCCUUAUUUGGCCGGAUCGACAAGCCUGUGUUGUUCCUGCCUGCUGGGGAAGACGAAAUGGUGCCGCCGACAGUGGACAGAGAGGCGCUUCUGCAGCGAUGGCUGUCGUUUUGCAAGACCGGAGUCACCAGUGAUUUGUCCGGGUUCGUUCCGGGCGCUGACCAUGUGGUAUCAAAGCAUGAGGCGCAGAAGUGGGUUGCCGAGAGGGUGAGGGCUUUCUUGGAACGGCUGUGAGAUGGAACGGACCGGUUCCCUGAGGCUUGAGCGUAAUGCACUCAUCUCUCCCCCUGUUCCGGCUUGUCCCCCGUCCCUCUGAAUGAAUAGUUCUUUUCAUUUUUUCAAUAACGUUAAUCAUGCUGAAGCCA